GCCGGGGCCGGGGCCGCUUUGAAGUGCGGGUCCGGGGAUAGCCCCCGCCUGAAGGCAGCCGGGCAUCGCCUCGCCUCUCCGCCGGCGGCGGGGGCAGGGGAGGCGGAGGAAGGGACGGGAAGGGCCGUCCUCGCCCACCCCGGCGGCGGAGAGCGGGCUGGGAGCGGAGGCGAGGGGCUGGGAGGAGGGAUAGCGCGAUCGCGGGGCGGCUUCCCGCGGCAGCGGGUGUGAGGGGAGCGCGGGGGCAGCGCGGAGGGGCGCGGGGAGCAUGGAGGAGCCACGCGGUGCGGGCUCGGCCCGGGCGGCCGGUAGCUGCUAAGGCAGCGGCCCGGGGGCGCUGAGGGCACGCCCGCCGCGGAGCGAGCCAUGCGGGUGGCGAGGUGGCUGGCGGGUUUGCUGUGCCCCAUCUCCCUGCUUGUCACCGAGUCGUGCGGACUCCGCUUCCACCCGGGACAAGAGACCUUUGUGAAGAAGCUCUCCUCCUAUGAAAUUAUCACACCUGUCCGAGUGAAUGAAUUCGGAGAAGUUUUCCCACACACACAUCACUUCAGCAGGAGGAAAAGGAGCUUGGAGGCACCAUUGGAACCCACUGCUUUCCGAACGCAUUACCAGCUCAGUGCAUACGGGCAGGUCUUCCAGCUCAACCUGAGUGCCGAUGCAGGCUUCAUUGCUGCUCAAUACACCGUGGUGCACGCAGGGGCCCCGCAGAAGCAGCCCUCCCCUGAUCUGCGCCACUGUUUCUACCGUGGGCACGUCAAUGCCCAGGAGACUCACAUGGCUGUCUUCAGCAUCUGUGGUGGCUUGAUGGGCGCCUUUAAAGCACAUGAUGGCGAAUAUUUUUUAGAACCUUUGAUGAAAGCGGAUGGAGGUGAAUAUGAAGAUGAGCAUAACAAACCACAUCUUAUAUACAGGCAUGAAGAACUUAAAAAGUAUCAGAAAUCCCAUAAACCUUGUGAAGUUUCAGAAAAAGAAUUGAAGAAGAGCACUUUACUACAUCCAACCUUGAGCAGUUUAAAUAAAGAGAGCAAUGUUUUACAGAAGUCUCUCAGUCUAAAGUAUGCUUUAAAUAACUUAUCUGUGGAAGAUGGUGGCAAUCCACAUUCCAGGAAAAAACGCUUUCUUUCCUAUCCAAGAUAUGUAGAAGUGAUGGUUACAGCUGACACCAAAAUGGUUCGUCACCACGGGCAGAACUUACAGCACUACGUAUUAACACUGAUGUCAAUAGUUGCAGCAAUCUAUAAAGAUUCAAGUAUUGGAAAUCUUAUAAAUAUAGUUAUUGUAAAAUUAAUUGUAAUUCACAAUGAACAGGAAGGACCAGCUAUCACUUUUAACGCAGCUACCACUCUUCGUAAUUUUUGCUUAUGGCAGCAAGCACAAAACACUUUGGAUGAUGCUCAUCCUUCUCAUCAUGAUACUGCUGUUCUUAUCACUAGGGAAGAUAUCUGCAGAGCUAGAGAGAAGUGUGAUACACUUGGUUUAGCAGAGCUAGGUACAAUGUGUGACCCACUACGCAGCUGUUCUAUAAGCGAAGAAAAUGGAUUGAGUGCUGCGUUUACUAUAGCCCAUGAGCUUGGACAUGUAUUUAAUGUGCCUCAUGAUGACAGUUUUAAAUGUAAAGAAGCUGGAAUGAAACAUCAGUAUCAUGUGAUGGCUCCAACUUUAAAUUAUCACACAAGUCCAUGGACCUGGUCAAAAUGCAGCCAAAAAUAUAUCACUGAAUUUCUUGAUACUGGUUAUGGUGAAUGUCUCCUAGACAAACCUAGUGGAAGAAUAUAUGAUCUCUCCUCUCAGCUGCCUGGGUCGAUGUAUGAUGUGAACAAGCAAUGUGAACUUAUGUUUGGUCUUGGGUCACAAGUGUGCCCGUACCUGAAACAGUGCAAACGCUUAUGGUGCACAAGCACAGAAGGUGUUCACAAGGGUUGCCGUACUCAGCACAUGCCUUUGGCGGAUGGAACAGUUUGUGGUGUGGGAAUGCACUGCCGCCAUGGAGUUUGUGUGAGCAGAGAAAUGGAGACGCAUCCUGUAGAUGGAGAAUGGGGACCAUGGGGACCGUAUAGUUCAUGUUCAAGAACUUGUGGAGGUGGAAUCAAGAGCACCACCAGGCUGUGUAAUAGACCAGAACCAAGAAACGGAGGAAAGUACUGUGUUGGCCGUAGGAUGAAAUUUCGAUCAUGUAAUACUGAUAAUUGUCCAAAAGGCAAAAAAGAUUUCCGAGAGCAACAGUGCUCUGAAUUUGAUGGCAAACACUUUAAUAUCAACGGUCUUACAUCUGCUGUUCGCUGGCUUCCAAAAUACAGUGGUAUUUCUAUGAAAGAUCGCUGUAAACUUUUUUGCCGAGUUUCUGGAACAACUUCCUACUAUCAGCUGAAGGACAGAGUUGCUGAUGGUACUCCCUGUGGAGCAGAAACCAAUGACCUUUGUGUUCAAGGCUUAUGCAGGCAAGCAGGCUGUGAUCACGUGUUGAAUUCCAAGGCAAGGAGAGACAAAUGUGGAAUCUGUGGUGGUGAUAAUUCUUCAUGUAAGACUCUUGCAGGUACUUUCAACAGUGCUCAUUAUGGUUACAAUAUUGUGGUAAAUAUUCCCAAAGGAGCAACAAACAUUGAUAUUCGGCAGUACAGCUACUCAGGGAAGCCAGAAGAUGACAACUACCUUGCUUUAUCUGAUAUUCAUGGAAAUUUUAUCUUGAAUGGAAAUUUUGUUGUAAGCAUGUCAAAAAGAGAAAUCAAUAUACAAGGAGCCAUUUUUGAGUACAGUGGUUCAAACAAUACGAUAGAACGAAUUAACAGCACUGAUAGAGUUGAAGAAGAGCUAACCUUACAGGUUUUGUGUGUAGGGAAUUUAUACAACCCUGAUGUGCGCUACUCAUUCAAUAUCCCAAUAGAAGACAGAAGUGAUGCGUUUGCAUGGGAUCCUUAUGGACCCUGGCAAGACUGCAGCAGGAUGUGCCAAGGUAUUCGAAGAAGAAGAAUGACAUGCAUACGUAAAAGUGAUCAUGUGGUAGUGUCUGAUCAAAGAUGUGAACUUAUACCCACUGUACCAGAUGUCUUUGAGGAGUGUAAUACGGAGUGUGAAUUAAGGUGGCACAGUGUUGGCAAAAGUGACUGCACAUCGAAGUGUGGCCCAGGGUAUCGGUCUGUAGAGAUCCACUGCAUGAAGUACUCGGUUUCAAAAGGACUCAUUGCUCCAGUGGAUGAUAAGUACUGUGCUGAUCAGCAGAAACCACCAACCAGAGAGCCCUGCCAUGGUGACUGUAUGUUAACAAGUUGGCACUACACAGAAUGGUCAGAGUGUUCCAGGAGCUGCGAAAGAGGUGUCAGAACUAGAGAGGCUUUUUGUAUGAACAAUUUGGGUCGUCAUCUUCCUGACAGAGAAUGCCGGGAGCUUCCCAGAGUUGUAACACAGAGUUGCAAUGAAUUCUUAUGUCCAAGCUGGUCUGCUAGUGAGUGGAGUGAGUGUCCCGUGACAUGUGGAAAAGGAAUGAAGCAUCGUCAAGUAUGGUGCCAACUUAAUGAUGAACGACUGAGAGACGAUUUCUGUAAUCCAAAUGAGAGACCAGAAUCAGUAACAGCGUGUGAACUUCAUGAAUGUGCAUCUUGGCAAGUAGGGCCUUGGGGAUCAUGUAGUGUGACGUGUGGACGCGGAUACCAGAUGCGUGCAGUCAAAUGUGUUACUGGGACUUACAGAGUUAUUUUGGAUGAUGACAGGGAAUGUAAUGCUGCUACUCGUCCUAGAGAUAACCAAGAAUGUGAAUUGCCCUCUUGUCCAGAAAAUACAAAUUUAUGGACUACAGCAUUUCCUCUGGUUCCCGUAGGGAAGGUGACCCAAUGGAGAUAUGGAUCAUGGACCCCAUGUUCUGCAUCCUGUGGGAAAGGUGAUCGUGCUCGCUAUGUGAGUUGUAGAGAUGCUCAUGGAGGAAUAGCAGAUGAAUCUCUCUGUGCUCAUUUACCACGACCAGCUGAAAUUUCAAGCUGCUUCAGCCCAUGUGGAGAGUGGCAAGUUGGAAAUUGGUCCCCUUGCACAGUUACGUGUGAUAGUGGAAUAGUAACAAGACAAGUUAUCUGUGUCAACCGUCAUCGAGAAAUCAACGAGAAUUACUGUGAUCCUGAAGGCCGACCUUCCAAAGAACAAGAAUGUAACAUGCCACCAUGUCCACCAGUUUAUCAUCAUAUUCCGAAAAUACAUGACCAUCCAAGCUAUUUUCCAGAAAUGGGUUAUCUUCCAAUACACCAUCCACAAGACAACAUAAACCAGUGGAACCGUCCCUCUGGGGGAGGAUAUCAAUGGAGAACUGGACCCUGGGGAGCAUGCUCUAGUACUUGUGCAGGUGGAUUUCACCGUCGAGUUGUAGUAUGUCAAGAUGAAGAAGGAAGAAGUGCCAGUUAUUGUGAUGAGGCAACAAAACCCCCAGAGUCAAGACACUGUGAUUCUGGACCCUGCCCACAAUGGAACUAUGGGAACUGGGGAGAAUGUACUCAAACCUGUGGAGAUGGAAUAAAGACAAGACUCGUGAUUUGUCAGCUUCCUACUGGCCAAAUGUUGGGUGAUCAAAACUGUGAAAUUCUAGACAAGCCGCCUAAUAUGGCACAAUGUAAUGUGCAUUCUUGCCCUGGUGAUGUUUCAUGGCAUCGGGGACCAUGGAAAUCGUGUUCUGUUUCCUGUGGAAAAGGUUUGAAGUUUCGUGAUGUACAUUGUUUUAAUAGCUUCCAAGCUAAAAUAGAGGAAGGAAACUGCAGACAUUUGAAAAAACCACGGACAUACAAAAUAUGUAGAGCUGGAAGAUGUCCUGCUUGGAAGGCCAGCAGAUGGAAAGAGUGUUCUGUAACCUGUGGAGUGGGGAUUCAGCAAAGGGACGUCUACUGUCAGCUGAAGGGCCUGGGCCAAGUGAGUGAAGCGAUGUGUCCCCAUGGUGCCCAGCCUGCUGGCAAGAGGCACUGCUGGCUGCCUGCCUGCAUGCAGUACCGGUGGCUGGCAGAUGAGUGGGAAGACUGCUCAACAACAUAUAGAAGAGGAAAGGAAAUAUAUCGAAAAGUGAAGUGUGUAGGUGAAAACCAGCUCCAAGUGGAUGAAAGCUUCUGUGAUCCUGCCACAAAGCCUACAUCAACCAAAAACUGCGGGAUAGCUCCCUCUAAAUAUGUGGUGCUCACAGGAGAACUGUCACAGUGCUCAACCAGCUGUGGGUUUGGUUACCAGCAGAGGAUCACGUACUGUGUUGGAAUCCAUUCUAUUCAAGAUCUGCAUGCCCAUGGCCUUCAAACUGUAGCGUACCGAGAAUGCCCAGUAGAGCCAUCCCCAUACAUUUAUAAAUGCAAUGUCAAAGAAUGUUCACAAGCAGCUACCUGGAGAGUGGGGAAGUGGACCAAGUGCUCAGUGUCUUGUGGAGUCGGGGUAAAGGAGAGAGCUGUAGAAUGUAUGACUGAAAACGGCUUAUCCAGUGACUUGUGCCUUCCACGUUUAAAACCAGACGCCAGAAAGAUCUGCCGUGAGGAAGAAUGUGAAAUUCUUACCACCUGCAGAGAUAUCCAGAUUAAAAAGGGGAUUAGAAAUGAUGGUGAAUACCUACUAAACGUUAAGGGAAGGAUGAUAAAGAUUUAUUGUUCAGGCAUGCACUUAGAGAAUCCCAAAGAAUAUCUGACUUUGGUAAAAGGUGAAGCAGACAACUUUUCUGAAGUGUAUGGAUUCAGGCUGCAGAAUCCAUAUGAAUGUCCUUUCAAUGGAAGCAGAAGGCAAGACUGUGCCUGUCAAAAUGAUUACCUCGCAGCUGGCUUCACGGUUUUUAGCAAAAUAAGAUUUGAUGUAGUCUCCAUGCAAAUCAAAACCACAGAUUUUCUUUUUGCUCAGACAAUACUUGGGAGACCAGUUCCUUUUGCUACAGCUGGAGAUUGCUACAGUGCUGCCAGAUGUCCACAGGGACAGUUCAGCAUUAAUUUGGCUGGUACAGGUCUGAGAUUAUCCAGUACAGUUAGGUGGAUUACUCAGGGCAACUAUGCAACUGCUGACAUACACAAAUCCCACGAUGGUACUAAAAUAUAUGGAAGAUGUGGAGGAUUUUGUGGAAAAUGUAUUCCUAACACAAUUGUUGGUCUCCAACUUCAAAUACAGUGAGAACUCUGAUGUGGUAAGAACAUCAAAGCAGGGACAUCUGCCUUUUAGGUGCAAAUUGUAGGUGCUGUGAAUACAUAUAUAUAUAUAUAUAUAUUAAUUCUUUCAUCUCUGUAAUGUUCAUUACUGUACUGCUCACUACUAAGAAUUCCUGUUUUCUUCAGUGUUUGUUCAGGGAUGUAUUAUCUAUUUGUGGGCUUGUAAGUGCCUAAAUCACAAUCAUAAACCUUCAGGUUUUAAUGGAGAGGCAUUUAUUCAAUGUACAGUAUGUAUUAGCAAGUAACUUGCACUGAGGUUUCUACUAUGGGUAACAGCCUAAAUUGUCUCAUGAUUGUAACACUUUACCUGCAACUGAUUAGUGCAAUUCUUUACUCAGAAUUCAGUAAAAUGGUACUCUACUGAUGUUUUUGAUCAACUGUAGUAAACUAUAAAAAGGAGUCAUUCCUAUAUAGAGAAGACAGGUAAUAUAUGAAAAUGCUUCUAAUUUUCUGAAACCUCUUAGGAAUUAUCUGACAAUAAUUUGCAGAAGAAGAGUGUAUAACCAACACACUUCAGAUAGUUUCUAUAGAGCUGCGUGUCUCUGUCAGUAAAAACAUUUUUCCCCAUCCCUUUCAUUAUAUUCUUUGUGGUGCUCAAAUACUAGCAGUAAUCCUGUGAAGUGUGGUUUAACCCCUGUAGUCUCUAUAGUACAUUAAACAUCUAGGCUUAGCUUUGUCGUGGUUACAGGAAAAGAAAAUAAGGAAACUAUUUGCUUGGAAAUCUGAUUUUUAAAUCCCUGAUUCUCAUCCAAGUACACUGUAAAAGCAGUGUAUUUUGUUUACUGUAGCAUCUUGUAUGUGAUUGUAUGAAUAUGUAUUUACUUAAACACUUUCCAUAUACACCUUACUCCUUAUAUUGGCCAAUGGCAUAUUAGUAAAGGUUGUAGUGUUUGUCCCGCUUAUAUUCCAAUUCAGCCUAAUUUUCAGUAACCUUAGGGAAAACUCUGGGCAGAGGCAGCAUCAAGCCCUACAGCGUGUUUGGUGUCCAUCUUUGAUUCAAUUGAAUUUUUCAGUGGUUGUAAAUACAUCUUCUAGUUAAAAUUAUUUAUUCAAGAGAAGUAAAUGUAUGGAAGAGUUACAAGGUUUAAAAAACAAUCUAGCUCUUUGAUUUGUUGUUUUGUUCUGUAGAGAUAUAUGCAUAUAAAGAGCAUGCAUUUCAGGGCCAACUCUCAGGUAUUCAGAAUGAAUUUUUCUGCAUGCACAAUAGCAUACGUUACAUACCAGAUAGCUAUACAUACUUUUUGUGACAAUGUGUGUUCUGUAAACCAAAUAUCUGUUUUGCAUGCCACUGAAAUUGGUAGAUCAAAUGGCAGCUACAUCACAUUAUUACCCACAAAGAGUUAUCCAUGAAUUAGCAAUAUGUAUUAAUUAAAAACAAUACUGUACCACAGAAGUGUAAGCAGCUACUUUUUAGGUAACACAUGUAGGUAAUCAUUUUGUGAUCUCUGCAUCAGAAAUGUAUUUUUGCACUAUGUGCCUUAUAUUAGUUGUAAACAUUAAUAAGAAUACAAAGCAUUAUUUUCCUAGAAAUGUUUACAUUUAUAAUUAAAAUCGUGUAAUUUAUAAAAUAUUUAUAUAAUAAAUAUGCUUGUUUGAAUGGUAUCAGAGUAUGUACUUUUUUUUUUUUAAAUCAAAUGCUUAGUACAAAACAUUACCAAAAAAAAAUUAGAGUAUGCACAGUAUAACUACAUUGUUAAUAGCUCUUCACAGUAAUAUACAUAGACUUAUACUGGAAUAACUGCUGCACAAGGAGGUUAUAGCCAUACAGAUAUCACCCAUGGAAGCAAAUCCUGCUUCGGAGGUACAAACUCCAUGUCUGCAUCCUCCUUCCAGUCAUUCUCCCAUGUUCACCUCUACCUUUCUUGGCAGGUUGCCCUGUAAAUUGUUCACUGAAAUAACGUAGAAAUCUGAAAUAAUCUUCCUUCUCUCUGUGCUAAACACUGAUCAAUUCAUUUAGACCGUGGUCCCUUGACACCCGCUUUGGCAGAAGGAGAACUGCGGUCUGUCUCCAUACCCAGGAGAACCAUUUUUUUGUCAGCCCUGAAACUCCACUUAAGGGCGAGGAAGUGCUCUCAGCUCUGCUGCCACAAAAUCACUCUGUAAAUCCGCUACCAAUGUGAUUCUUAACCCAAUAUUCAACACAGUAUGUUUUUGUUGGGUAAUAGUAGUGAUUUUUGAGUAAAAAUGUAUAUUUUCUAUAAUUAGAGUAAAUCCUGUGGCCCAAAGUCAACUUCUGCAUGAAACAGCACUGUAUUGAAUUGUAGUUUUUUACAUCUUUUCUUUCUUUUAUCCUUUGGAGUUUCAGCUCCGGUGUAGUGAGAAAGUACUUGUUUGUUCUGGCAUCUUGUGAUUUCCUUGUGUUAGGAUUUUGAUUUUUUUGAGAAAAAUGGCUUAAUCAAUUACCCUAUUUCAACUUACUAACUUUUCAUCGUGAGGGCAAUUUAAGGCAAACGUGAGCCUGAUAAUAAGCUCUAAUGAAUAUGGAAAUGUGAUGAUGCUGACGUAUUAGAAAGAUCAUGCAAUGAAGUGAGAAUCAUGGGUUGUACUUGCAGUAUGAUGUUUCCAUCUCCUUUAAUUGUCAUUGUUAUGGAUUUCUGUUGCACCGAGCAGCUGACACAUGUACCAGGGUAGCGGGCUGUUCCAUGAGAGUGCUGUGAGUUCCAGCUCGUGGGUCUGUGUGUGCCGAACUGCCCAUGACUGGUCAGUCACAUAGCUCUCCAGCUUUGGUUGAUGCUUAGGAAAUGAAGCACUCAACUGUCCCGUCACUAUUCUUUACAGAAGAAAAGAAUUAAGGAAUGGUAAUAGUUAAAGAUGAUUGUAUCAAUACUUUCCGUUAGAUGUUUUCUAGGACAUUUUCAAUCCCAUCAACAAUAGCAUCAAGUAUUAGGUGACACAACAGCACUUACUUGCUUAUAUAUAUGCAGCCCCCCACACACAUAGUAGUUAUCUGAACACUGAAUGCUAAAGAUUGACUAGAUGUAAAAAGCCUUAUUUCUUACAUUUAUCUAACCAAAUGUCACUCAAUGUGCUAUGAAAUGGUGUGCUGCCAUGUGUCAGUACCUGUGGCAUCCCUUGAUGAAGACAUUGUCUAGAUGUCUUUUACCUGUUUUUCCCCUAAUGUGACACCAGGGAGAUAGCAGAGGAGCUGGAAACCCUAGCUCUGGGUCCAUGAACAGGUUUCCAUCCCAGCUGAAUUCACCCUUGCUGGGUCUGUUGUGCAUCUCUGCCCACAGAGAGAAGCAGAAUAUUUGGUCCAGGACAUACAUAUAAGUGUUGUUCCAUCAGCCAAGGCCCCGUUCAUGGGGAGAGUUGUGACUGUGAUUUCAGCACAUGUAUAUGUCUAUGCAGGUUUUUGAAGGAUAGUCAGGUAUAUUUCUUACCUAACUGAAAGGCUAUAAUACCUGAGACAUACUUGAAAAGGUGAAAGGAAAGCAUUUGGGUUUUUCUUCCAAUCCUAUGACCUGGAAUAUGUUUAGCAUAAAUCCUUACUUUUGUUCACUAUUUGAAAUAAAAAUUACAUACAUCUACCGGGGGUUUAUGUCUUUGCAGUUUUAUUGUGGUAACACAUGAGAUACCUGAGAUCUUCAGUAUCUGAAUAAAAUAUUACUAUCUUGCAAGUGCUUUCUGUAUCUUGCAGGGCUUUCAAUAAGAUUAGUGAGGAGUGUGAGGGGUAGAUUUUUAUUGUUUCCAUAAAGAAACAGAUUUGUUAGAAUUGAUGUUCUGUGGCUAUCAAAACUGAACUUAAAUUAGACGUGCAAUGGAAAUGUGCUGUAAUAUUUUAAUCUUAAUUAAAAUAUAGAUAACAGGGAAAACUAUAUACAAAAAUUGCUUUGAAGCAUGGUAACUGAAUAUUUAAAUAGGGAAGGAAUAUUAAAAUGAGCAUCAAAUAUGAACAUUCUAGUUGAGAUUUCAUAGUAAUCCAUGUUGGCUUAAUUUGUAAAUGGAAUAAAUUUCCAACUGCCUUCCAAAGAAGCCCAUCGGAACCUUUUCCGAAAAUUAACUUUCAUGAUACAGUAGACUUCCAUAUUUCUACUUUGAACUAUGAAAUUGCCAAAGACUACACUUGACUGCCUUUAUACUUACUCAUAUGUUGAACAGUUACAUGGUAUCUCACUCAGUGCAGGUAAAAGUAGGACUGGAGGCCAGCAUAGCAGAACCUGUAUCACAGAAUUACAGAAUGUCAGGGAUUGGAAGGGACCUCAAAGGAUCAUCUAGUCCAAUCCCCCUGCUGGAGCAGGAACACCUAGAUGAGGUCACACAGGAACAUGUCCAGGUGGGUUUGAAUGUCUCCAGAGAAGGAGACUCCACAACGCCUCUGGGCAGCCUGUUCCAGUGCUCUGUCACCGUCACUGAGAAGUUUCUUCUCAUAUUUAAGUGGAACCUCCUAUGUUCCAAUUUUUACCCAUUACCCCUUGCCCUAUCAUUGGUUGUCACCAAGAAGAGCCUGGCUCCAUCCUUUUGACAUUCACCCUUAACAUAUUGAUAAACACUAAUUAGGUCACCCCUCAGUCUUCUCAACUCCAAACUAAAGAGACCCAGCUCCCUCAGCCUUUCCUUAUAAGGAAGAUGCUCCACUCCCUUAAUCAUCUUCAUUGCUCUGCACUGAACUCUCUCAAGCAGUUAAAUUUUUCCCUGCCAACUCUCCAGCCUGUCCAGGUCUCGCUGGAUAGCAGCACAGCCUUCUGGCAUGUCAGCCACUCCUCCCAGCUUGGUGUCACUGGCAAACUUGCUGACAGUGCACUCUAUUCCCUCAUCCAAGUCGUUGAUGAAGAUAUUGAAUAGUACUCAUUCCAGCACCGACCCUUGAGGGGCUCCACUAGAUACAGGCCUCCAACUGGACUCCACCCUAUUGACCACAACUCUCUGGCUUAUUUCCUACAGCCAGUUCACAGUCCACCUCACUACCCAAUCGUCUAAACCACACUCCCUCAGUUUAGCUGCAAGGAUGCUGUGGGAGAUUGUGUCAAAUGCUUUACUGAAAUCAAGAUAGACCACAUCCACUGCUUUGCCACCAUCUGUCCACAAUAUGACAUAUAUCCACAUAUGACAUCAUGUCCUCCAGGCCAGAGAGAUGCAACCCUGGAGAAGUGUUUGUACCCUAUGGACCAGUUCAUGGUUUCUCUUGUAAGGCCUGCUUUGCUCUCCUGUAGUACUUGGCCUUCUUUGCCUGAGCCUUCAUGAUUUUUCAAGAUGGUCGCAGUAUAUCUAUGCAUUAAAAAAACCUUUGCGAGGGGUUUCCUCAGCCUCUCUCUGGUGUGCUUUGGAAAUAGGCUGAAUAGAUCACAGAAAAAAAUAAGGUAUUGCUUUUAAAGUGCAUUCCUUCUUCACAAUACUUGCUUUUCUUCAGAUAGCACAGUAACUGUGACGAUAGAAGGGGAAAAUCACCUCCAUUUUAUCCAAAGAGAAGAACAAGCUGUCUGGGUUGGAGUUGAAUCUGACAUGUAAUCUUCUUAUCCGUAGAAGGUGGUUUUGUUUUACACAAUUAAGUUUAUUUUGCAAUACCGUAGCUUGAGAGGCUUUUCUGGGCUUUGUUUAUCCUGGCUUUAGAGAAGCAAUCUGUGCUUUGUUUCUGAUAAAUUUCUCUUUGUGUUCAGUUAUGACAGAUACUCCUUUGAAUCGACUGUACAAAAAUACUGUAGCAGCAGAGCAAAGAUCUAACUGUAUUUAUGUCUAUAUUCUGUCUUUAAACAUGAACAGCUGUGCAUACAUUCAUCUGUCUCAUGUCUGACUCUGUUCUGCCAUCCAGAACCUUUUCCUUUUAAUAAACAAAUGUUUCCUCCUUUAA